CGCGGCCGGCGGGAGGGGGAGCGAGCGUUGCCUGGGGCCGCGGCGCUCCCGGUCUGAGCUCUUCUAACCCGGCCGGGUCGAGGCGGGUGGGGUCAAGCGCGCGCCGCAGGAGCGAGCCUGGCCGCCCGCCGGGCCGCGGAGACAGUCGCCCCGCGCCCAGGGAUCCUCCCCCUCCGUCUGCGGGACCGCGUCUACGCUGUGUCUUUUGGAGCCUGCUCUGGCCUUGCCGACGCCCCGCCAUCUGAGUCCCUUCCCCAGCUCUGGCCUGCGGAGCUGACUCCACACCCGGCGCAUCAUCCGCCCCGCCCCGCCCGCCCCGGCCCUUGGUGGAGGCCGUGUCUAUGCGGAGUGGGCCCUGCGGGUGUACCCACGUGUGGCUCUCUGCGGAGCGCCCUCGCGUGCCCGGCAAGGCUACGCAGAGGACCCCCCUGUCUGGGCCGAUGGAGGGGGGCCCGGCCAUCUGCUGCCAGGAUCCACGAGCAGAGCUGGUAGAACGGGUGGCAGCCAUUGACGUGGCCCAUUUGGAAGAGGCAGACGCAGACCCUGAGCCUGCCAGGAAUGGUGUGGACCCUCCGCCACGGGCCAGGGCUGCCUCUGUGAUCCCUGGCAGUGCGUUAAGACCCCCACCAGUGCGGCCCAGCCUCUCAGCUAGGAAGUUCUCCCUGCAGGAGCGGCCAACAGGAAGCUGUCUGGGGGCCCAGGCUGGGCCUUAUGCCACGGGGCCCGCCAGCCACAUCUCCCCCCGGGCCUGGCGGAGGCCCACCAUUGAGUCGCACCGUGUGGCCAUCUCAGAUGCAGAGGACUGUGUGCAGCUGAACCAAUACAAGCUGCAGAGUGAGAUUGGCAAGGGUGCCUAUGGUGUGGUGAGACUGGCCUACAACGAGAGUGAAGACAGACACUAUGCAAUGAAAGUUCUUUCCAAAAAGAAGUUACUGAAGCAGUAUGGUUUUCCACGUCGCCCUCCCCCGAGAGGAUCGAAGGCUGCCCAAGGAGGGCCAGCCAAGCAGCUGUUGCCCCUGGAGCGAGUAUACCAGGAGAUUGCCAUCCUGAAGAAGCUGGACCAUGUGAACGUGGUCAAACUGAUUGAGGUCCUAGACGACCCUGCUGAGGACAAUCUGUAUUUGGUGUUUGACCUCCUGAGAAAGGGGCCGGUCAUGGAAGUGCCCUGCGACAAGCCCUUUCCUGAGGAGCAAGCUCGCCUCUACCUGCGGGACGUCAUCCUGGGCCUCGAGUACUUGCAUUGCCAGAAGAUCAUCCACAGGGACAUCAAGCCAUCCAACCUGCUCCUGGGGGAUGAUGGGCACGUGAAGAUCGCCGACUUCGGCGUCAGCAACCAGUUUGAGGGAAACGACGCUCAGCUGUCCAGCACAGCGGGGACACCAGCAUUCAUGGCCCCUGAGGCCAUUUCUGAUUCUGGCCAGAGCUUCAGUGGGAAGGCCUUGGACGUGUGGGCCACUGGAGUCACGCUGUACUGUUUUGUCUACGGGAAGUGCCCGUUCAUCGAUGAUUACAUCCUGGCCCUGCACAGGAAGAUCAAGAAUGAGGCUGUGGUGUUUCCCGAGGAGCCAGAGGUCAGUGAGGAGCUCAAGGACCUAAUCCUGAAGAUGCUGGACAAGGAUCCCGAGACAAGAAUUGGGGUGUCAGACAUCAAGUUGCACCCUUGGGUGACCAGGAAUGGGGAGGAGCCCCUCCCCUCGGAGGAGGAGCACUGCAGUGUGGUGGAGGUGACUGAGGAGGAGGUGAAGAACUCGGUCAAGCUCAUCCCCAGCUGGACCACGGUGGAAAGAAGGGUGUGGAGAAGGGGGCAAAAGCCCAGAGCUCCCUGGUGUCCAAGAAGACGAGGCUGCAUCCUGAUCCCCUGCAUGUGUCCAGGGCCACCAGGCAGCACGUUCAUCCCACGCCUCCAGAGGCCCACUGCCCUCAUGCGACAGCUCCUCAGGCAGGGGGCUGGGGGCGGAAGCCCCUCUCCUGGCCUUCCUCCCCUCCUGUACUGCAUGAUCUCUGCGAGGGCAUGUCUAGGAACAGGAUGGGAACUCGUAUCAUCUGGGGUUGGGGCAGGGCUCCUAUGGCACCUUCCUCCCAGUCCUAGUUCUGUGUGGCCUGACUCAGCCCAUGGGGAAGCCAGGGUCCGUGGAACCUGGCUGGUUGGCAUGGCCCAGGGAGGGGGCAAGAGACCAAGGUGGCAAGGGGAGGCCUAGCUCAGCUGCCACACAAGAAGGGGAGUAUUGCCCACCUGGGUGCAGAGGUUCCAGAGCUACUGUGUCCUCAGAAUGCUGGAAUGGAGGCUCUGACCUCUCCAUGUGUGCCUGGGCCUCGGGGAGAGACGGCAGUGUUGGGGAAUUCAGACUCCCUUUUUGUUGUCUUUUGCUUUUGAUUCUAACCUGAGAAAUGGGAAAAACCCUACUAGGGAACAUCUAAUGGACCUCCCUACAGCUUUGGGGGGUUCCCAGCACAUCCACCAUUAUUCAGCAGCCAGGUGGACUGGACUGACCUUCCUGGAUUGUUUUAUACUUGGCACCAUCUGGAAAAUGGGCUGAAUUGAAUCAUACUUGGAGUAUAGGCCUAGGCCUGGAGCAGCACACUUUCCCUGCCCACCUCCCUCCCUCGAGGCUUCAUGGCUCCGAAAGCCACACCAGGGGUGAGACUGGCCAAGGGCUAUGGACUCAGGGAUGUGGCCUUGAGCAUGCUGAAACAACUGGAAUUCAAUCUCUGCUCCUACACUGGCUUUGCUGUCACAUCCUACGAUGGAGAAACUGUCUGGCUCAGAGGCCUGGCUAGAAGAGGGACACUGCAAGGCUAUGCAGACUGGCACACAGCCUUCCGGCCAACUGCCUUGCCCCCGGACUGUCACCAGCCAGUCUGCUCAGAGCUGGAGCACUGGGUCAUGCAUGUGGGCAGGACCUUCUGGAGCAGGCUUCUUAUCUCUCUGGGGUCAGUGAGUGGCUGGCUGGCUGGCUCGAUGUUUACUGAUCAAAUGCUCACAGAGGUGGACCCUCCAAAGGGAAGUACAUGGAGCUCAGAUGCUGCCCUUGAAUCCAUGGGCCACAGGGCUUCAUAUCACAGGAGGGCUUGUUGGUGGAGAGGGAGUUUAGUGGGAGGAGGGCCUGUGUCCUGCUGCAUUUCUGUGCCCGUGGGUGUACGUUGCGCCUCCAUGCACACACGCAUGUGCGUGCCCAUCUGCUGCACACAGCACACUCGCAUGUCUUGCACUGACUGGUACAUGCAUCUGUAACAUAGUUUCUAUGUCUAUUUAAGGCUAGGAGCAGAAUGUAGCUCGUUGUCAAUGGGCCCACACUUCUCCCCAGCUCCUCUGCAUUAAGGCACUCUGACCCAGGGCUUAAACAACAGUUCAGUACUAUCUCUUAAGAACACUUUUAUAGAGUUAAAGGGACACAAGUUAAAAGCCAAUCACUGAUCAGCAAGUUUUCCUGAGCAUUUCUGUGCAGGUGCCUGUCUGUGAAGGCCAGGGCUUGUGGGGGCUUCAUGGAUUGGACCCAGCCUUGGAAAAAGCUCAGAGGUGGGUAAUUGAGCUUCAUUGCCUGUGACAGAGACUGGAUGGAGUGUCCACUUCAUUACUGAGGGUUUUGAUUGGCAUCAUUGUUUUUGAAUGUAGCAUAAAUUAUGAACAAACUCUAUAAGAGAGUUUUAAAAAUUAACUUCCCAGGAAGUGAGUCAAAAACAAUAAAAGCCCUUCUGAGUUCGAUCCCUGGUACCAAAAAAGAAAAAAAAAGAAACAAUAAAAGCCCUUUCUUGAGUUAAAGAAGAAGAAGAAGAAGAAGAAGGCAGCUUUGGCUUUGUAUGUACAUUUUCUCUAUCUGGAUAUGUGCUGUUUCUCAUUAGCUGGACCAGCUGGUUUGGCUUGCUUUUCUAAAGGGUUUGAAGCAUCAUAAGUCCCUGGGCAGGGCAGCAGUGAGAGAGGUGCUUGGGGAGGUGGAAAGAGUGAGAGGGCUGGGGAUUUAGCUCAGUGGCACUGUGUCUGUCUCACAACUGCAAGGUCCUGAGUUUGAUCCCUGGUACCAGGAAAAAAAAAAGGGAAGGAACAAGGUGGGCUCUAGGGAUUCCUAGGUGGGUCUGACAGCCCCUCGGGAAGGACUGUGCUUGGGAGCAGGUGGGCUGCACACACAGGGUACAGGAAGUCUGAGGUCUGGUCUAGGUGUGGCCUGUGUUCAAUACCUGCCCUGUUCUCCUUGACACUGGUCUUUCCCCCAUAGAAGGCUCCUCCAGGGCAAUGAUGGAAAGAGGCACCACUGAGGUCAGACAGCCUUGUACUUGAAUUCAAGCUUUGCUAAGUAAGGACCUGCGGGAGACUCAGUUUCCUUACUAGUAUAACUUGAAUAACUAUCAGCACCUCCUCCAUGGGGUUCUGUGACAGUAUAUGAAGUCACUGUGUCAGGCAUCUGGCAUAGUGCUUGACACGUAGUAAGCAGCCAGCAAAUGAGACUUAGAAGGAAACCAGGGAGGUCCUGGGUUCAACACACCCACCCUGCGUGGUGGUGUUUGCCUAGCUGUGAGUUUCCAGCUGAGUGAAGCUAGAGACCAACCAGAGGCCCUAGCACUGAAGACCAGGAAGGAGACAAGGCUGGAGGCUGCCCAGGUUUUCUACCUGAGAAAUUGAGACCAGGUUGCCCCUGGUCUGCUUGCAUCCUAGUUGUCCUGUGAAGCUCCUGUAGAGCUGCACCAAGCCCUUUCAGGAGAGGUGCUAGCCACCAGGCUGAAGUUUCCCAAAGACUAGACCGAUAAAGGGGUCUUGUUCUCACUUCCUGCCCCUGCCCCCUCUCAAUUUCAGCCCCACCUGUGUCUCACCUCCUCACUGGUGUCCAACCCGUACCCUCACCAGCUUCCAGAGUGACCUGUCUGAGCAUGCACCUGGCCAGGCCCCAGUCACUGAGAAUCCUUUCAGCCUGGUGUUCAAGGCCUGGACGGUCUCCUGACUGGGGCUGCACCUGUCCCCUCUGCCCACUCCUCCCUCACUGGACUUCAGGCCCUCCCUUGUUUCCAGGGCCCUGCCUUCCCCCCACCCCACCCCCACCCCAGGCAGCCCUAACCUUCAAGGCCUUUUGGGCAGUGAGAGCUUUGAGAAGGGCCAUAGGUGCCUGAUGUCAUUUCUCCAUGAGGACCACUCCUCUAGGAGUCACACUGAGGUAGAAAAACAGGCUCAGAGUUACAUAGCGCAUCAGAGAUGAGCUGGGCUAGAUCUCACCUCUUCUGCCCACCUACCCCCACUGAGGCCUCCCUAUACCAGCUGCUGGGGAAACUGGGAGUCUCACACAUGGAAGGACAUCUGGGAAAAUCAGAGAUGGAGUCCACCCCUUUGGAUGUCAGCAUGCAGGAGAGCUGAGCUCGGGGACAAAAGGUCCAUCUGAAGGUAUGGGAGGCAGUGCCCUAGGAGGACCUGGUGUCUCAGAGGAUGGCUUUGGGCUCUGGAUCCCACAGGUCCUUUACUUAGGCUCUGCUCCCCCAACCCUUCAGCCUAUAUGGUGUCUCAGUGGAGAGUGGAAGGAAGGGUGGUCAGAGCUACUGAGGGUCCCAGCUUUUCCAGGGUCACAUACAGGACCCUCAGAAAUGCCCCUCAGGUUCCAAGGUCACCUUACUACAGGUGGGCAAACUUCCACAGGCUUCCCUCAGGCAAACGAGUAGACCUCUCCACCAGGCUGCCCCUCUGAGGAGCCAUGUGGUGGGGAACCAGGAGAGUCUGGAGAGGGGCCUGUCCUCGGCCUUGUGCAGAACAGAGCCCUGCCUGUGAGGACUCCCUGCCCCACUCCAGCCUCCUGCUGGACUGGCCCUGAGGGCAUCCGUUUCCUUUAGUUCCAGACUUCAAUGACCAUCGCAUUACCUGCCCCGACACACAUGCUUAUCCAACGCUGCCUGGGGCCUCAGCUGCAUCUGUCUCCCUGGCAGCUAGGAUGAUGGGAGGACGAUGAAGCCUGGGUCCUCUCACUCUCCAGACAGCCGCCUCUCCCCACCCAAGCCAUACUAACCCAUCCCAGCUCUGUGGUCAGCCUCCUUGCCCUCCUCACCACUGAGCUCCCACUGGGCCCACCCCUGAAUCACUCCUCCAGGAAGCCUUCCCUGGUUCACAACCCCAGAGACACCCUUGGCCUAAUGUCAUGGCCCGUCUCCCACAUGGCUGAGGCCAGGGCCUUGGCCCCACAGCCUUGCCCACUAGCUGAGCCACUUUGAUGACUUAUAAUCCCUACUUACUGUGCCAUCACAUUGAAGACCAUUUAUGGACCACGUCUCAGCUGAAUCACAAGAAUAAGGUCUUUUCUCUGGGCCCUUAUUCUGGCCACCUGAUCCCCAGUAAGUCCCUUCUCUGGCCUUUUCUUGUCCUUUGUGUCUUGCUCUUUAGCCUACAUAGCUGUGCAGGCCUUCGUGGUAGUGGCCCUGGGGCUUUGAAGGUGGCUGCCCCACACUUAGCACAGUGUUCUGACUCACAUGACCUGUGCAUGGGCUUGCAGCGUUCCAUCCCCAGCAGGACUGGUCACUGAUUGUCCUAGCCAUGGUCCAUGUAAUUACUGAUGUUCUCUGUACUUUGACCCUCCACCCCCGCCCUUUGGUAUCCCCAGUACACACCCCUCAUGCGCACACUCAUACACCCACACAGAGAAUCUUUGCACAGGUUCACCCUGAAGGGCUGGAACUAGGUCAAGACAGCAGGGCACUGGUUCCACCUCCCCUCCCUUGGUUUCACCCAGAGUCCAGCGGGCCUGGUGCCCGAGGUGCCUGAGCUUUUACCGAGAAGAUUCCCCUUGCUCUCAGGUCUCUCCUUUCUCCUUUAAGGCACUCUGUGCCAGUAUCUACCUGCUUCCCUGGGAAGCCCAACCCUACGCUGAGAAAGGGCUCCCUCUGUGGUCUGCCUGUCUCCCUCCCCACUCCCCUUUCAGUCAGAAGCAACUCGUUGGAACCCAGCCUGGCAACCCUCUGGAAUCUCCUCCAGAGCUUUAAAAAAAUCUCGAGGUCAACCUUCCUCCACGCCUGACUGAUCCAAAUGGUGUGAGAUGUAGUCUGGGUGUCAGAAUUUUUUGUAGUCAAUAAACUUUAUUGUUUUUUGAAGAAGACUUACGUUUAUAGAAAAAUUAAGCGGAAAAUACAGAUAAUUCCUCUAUAUCUCCUCAACCUCCGCCUCCUGCCCCCAGGUUCUCCUAUUAUGAUUUUGCAUGGUGUGUUACAUUUGUUGCAAUUGAUGAACCAGUAUUGAUACAUUAUUAACUAAAAUCCACAGUUUACUUUAGGGCUCACUCUUUGUGCUUAUAUUUUAUGUGUUUAGACAAAUGUAUAAGGACAUGUAUCCACCAUUAUAAUAUCAAGCAGCAUAGUUUUGCUGCCCUAAAAAUCCUGUUCUCCAUCUAUGCAUCUCUUCCUGCUCCUCCCAACAACCACCUUUUCUUAGAUUUGCCUUUUCCACAGUGUCAUAUAGUUGGAGUCAUAUAGUAUGUAUCCUUUCCACUCCCAACUAAUUUUAAUGAACAGUAAGAACUGACAUGGAUAGCUCUGGUGUAAGAUUUGGUAAAGAGGAGCUGUAGAUCUGGUGCUCUAUGCUCCUAAAUCUGAGUAUAGGUCUCAUUUCCUUUUGCUAUAUCCAUCCAUCCAUCUAUCCAUCCACCCAUCCACCCACCCAUGCAUGCAUCUGUCUAUCCAUCCUUUAAAUGUUUGUCCAGGGCCUUCUGUAACCAGGCACUGGGUUAGACAACAAACUGAACCAACACAGUCCCUGCUCUCAAGGGUCUUACAGUCCACUGCAGGAGACAAGCAUUGGUCAAGUUGUCAGGCACAUAUAUAGAUGAUUUUAAACAUACACAGAUGGAUUACAGGAAAGGCUCACAGUGAGCAGCUGAGAGUAGCUGGGGAGGCUUCCCAGAGGAAGGAAGGCUCUGGUUUAGAUCUGAAGUUGAGGAAGAACUAACUAGGUCACCAGUGAUGGAGGUAGGGGAGGAAAGCUCCAGAGACUGCCACAAAGGCCCUGUAGCAGGAGGAAUCAGAAAGCUUGCCAAGAGCUGAAGUGACGAUGUUAGGAAUGAGAAGAGAAUAGUGCAAGAUGAAGCAGAGGGUAGAUAGGAGCUGGAUAAUGUGUGCUAAAAAGAUCACUCUGGUUACAGUGCAGAAGAAGUGAAAGAGCCAGAAAAACAGAGAGACCCGUUAGCAGGCCACUGUAGUGGCCAGACAAGAGAUGAUAGGAUGGUGGCUAAGGUGGAAGGAAGUCGAGGGGUAACUGAGGGAAAGAAGCAGAGGGACACGAGGCAAAUGCAGGGGGCCAGAACUGACAA